UUUGGUUUAUAAAGUUUUUAUAAAAUUGCUCCGUUUAAAGAUAAGAACGAAAUUUAAAUAUAUUGUUACUUUAACCGUUUAUGAAUCAUUAUGUGUGGAAAAAUGUUAGAAAUAGCUGAUCCAGUACAUGGUCAAAUUCUGCUUCCAUAUGACAUCGUCCAAAUCAUUAAUACUCCUCAAUUCCAACGUUUAAAAAAUAUCAAACAAUUGGGUGUGAUGUUUGUAAAUAAACCAGAAGCAGUGCAUACAAGAUACGAUCAUUGUAUUGGGACGUAUUGGGCUAGUAAGAGAAUGCUGAAUAAACUAGAAAUAAAUAGUAAAUGGAUUACAAAAGACAAGGAUUGGCCAGUAUAUCGGUUGUCCGUAGAGAUUGCUGGAUUAUUACAUGAUAUAGGCCACGGACCAUUUUCGCAUGCUUGGGAAACUGUUGUUGAAAAUUAUAAUCAUGAGUGGAACGCUAUACCAUGCGUUAACGCAAUUUUUCGGCAACUGGAUAGCAGUAUUUUUAAUAAUUUACGAGCAAACCGCAAUUUCGGUAUUGAACUCAUAAAGGCACUUAUAGUUGGGGAACCAAACCUACUUUCAACUCCAAUGCCAGAGCAAUAUCUUUUUGUGUUCGAGAUUGUUAAUAAUAAGCAGUGCAGUUUGGAUGUGGAUAAAUGGGAUUAUCUUAAUCGUGAUCAUCAUUGUUUAAAAGACUUUUGCAAUCCCGAUAUGAAUUUUAUAGAUGUUUUUCUAAAUGCAGCUGUUACAGAUGAUGGUAAACAUAUACAAUAUCGUUAUGAAGAUUAUGAUAAAAUAUAUAAAUUAUUUACGGCACGCUUUGAAUUUCAUCUUAAGGCUUAUCGUAUGCAAAAAAAUCUUGCAUGUGAUUAUGUACUGCGAAAAAUAAUAAUGGAUAAUAAUUUUAAAAUUGACAAAAAAGACAUUACAGAAAUUACUGCAAGGGAUAUGGAUUUAUUUUUAAAAUUUACUGAUGAUUGUGUUUUUGACUUGAUAAAAGAUACAGUUGAUUUUAAUUGUUUUAAAUAUCCUAAACAGAUAGAGUUAGUUGAUUCGUCACAACCAUAUGAUUUCAUUCUCAAUAAUGCAUUUAAGGGACCAGGCGAAGAAAUGCCUCCAGAUACUCAAUUUCAUUUCUAUGGUGAUAUUUCGAAAAAAGCAUCUAUUAAACGAGACACUAAAGGCGUAAAUGAAAUGCUUUACUUUAAGUUUGAUAAAUCAAUUUUGUAACUGGUUCUCUACACAACAAAAAAAAGACGUUUUGUAAUACAUACAGUUCUUUAAGAAAAAGUCUAUAGUGUUUCAAAUC